UUCGCGCCUGCGCAGUAGCACGGAUCUUUGUUAUUUCAUAUCAGUAUGGCGCUUAGCAAGACGUUUGGACAAAAACCGGUCAAAUUUCAGCUCGAGGAGGAUGGAGACUUUUAUAUGAUCGGAUCCGAGGUGGGAAACUACCUCCGCAUGUUCAGGGGCUCCCUGUAUAAAAGGUACCCGUCACUAUGGAGAAAACUAGCAUCAGUGGAGGAACGCAAGAAAAUAGUGGAGUCAUCACACGAUCAUGGCUACACUCAGCUGGCAACCAGCGUCACCCUGCUGAAGGCAUCAGAGGUGGAGGAGAUCCUGGAAGGGAAUGAUGAGAAGUACAAGGCCGUCUCCAUCAGCACCGAGCCCCCUGCAUACCUAAGGGAACAGAAGGCAAAGAGGAACAGUCAGUGGGUUCCCACACUGCCCAACAGUUCUCACCACCUGGAUGCUGUUCCCUGCUCCACCACGAUUAACCGCAGCCGACUGGGCCGUGACAAGAAGAGGACAUUCCCCCUAUGCUUCGAUGAUCACGACCCAGCAGUCAUCCAUGAAAACGCCACUCAGUCUGAAGUCCUUGUCCCAAUUCGUCUGGACAUGGAGAUCGAGGGUCAGAAGCUCAGAGAUGCUUUCACCUGGAAUAUGAACGAGAAGCUCAUGACACCUGAGAUGUUCGCCGAGAUCCUGUGUGACGACUUGGACCUCAACCCAUUGGCCUUUGUCCCUGCCAUCGCAUCUGCAAUCCGACAGCAGAUCGAGUCUUAUCCGACAGACAGCAUCCUGGAGGACCAGACGGACCAGAGGGUGAUCAUCAAGCUGAACAUCCACGUUGGGAACAUCUCUCUGGUCGACCAGUUUGAGUGGGACAUGUCGGAGAGGGAGAACUCCCCAGAGAAGUUUGCCCUGAAGCUCUGCUCAGAGCUGGGCCUGGGUGGUGAGUUUGUCACCACCAUCUCCUACAGCAUCCGAGGUCAACUUAGCUGGCAUCAGAGGACGUACGCCUUCAGUGAGAAUCCGCUGCCCACAGUGGAGAUAGCCAUUAGAAACACAGGUGAUGCCGACCAGUGGUGCCCCCUGCUGGAAACGCUGACAGAUGCAGAGAUGGAGAAGAAGAUCAGAGACCAGGACAGAAACACAAGGCGAAUGAGGCGACUGGCAAACACCGCACCUGCGUGGUAGACAAAGCAGCAGUAACAUCGGCGCCCCCUGCAGGAAUUACUCAAAUCUGUCUUGGUUUGCAACAUUGGCAACAUUGCGCACUGGACGUCUUUUCCCAUCACUGUCUGCCAUUCGCUGUGUGUUUUGUUUUGUUUUGUUUUGUUUUUUUAUUAAUAUUGUGUUUGGAAAAAGGUAGAAAAUUCCCUCCUUCCUGUUUUCCCUUUAGAUCCCUCAGCGUGGAGAACUGACUGUCUUUACCACCGAGGGUGAACAAACACAACACAGGUCUCAGAUAAUAUAUUAUGUUGGUCUUUUUGUACAUUUUAAUAAUUCUUACAAAAUAAAAUAAAAAAAUAAAUGAACAAAAAACUG